AUGACACAGUGUCAGAAGACCAACGUCAUCACUGCGACCCCUCCUGUGAUGGUCUUGUUUGCCCCCAUUGACAGCUCAUUCCUGAAGAGCCAUACUAUGCUGCUGCAGCAGAUGAUUCCCCACUCACUGAAGCCAGUGAUGAGAUUCCAGACCAGCUCCCCUGGGGACCCAGAAGGUGUUGCUGAACUGAGGACUAAGAACGUGGCCAUUGAUGUCAGGAAGGCUGAGUGUCCAGUGCUCUCUUCUAAAAACAGGGCAGCUAGGACCAAUAUAAAAGGCGGCCCAGUUCCCAUCUCUUCCAUCCACUUCUCUUGCCUUCUUUUGGUUGGGAACCAGGUGCACCUCCAGUCCCAAGUCAUGUCCUGCUACACCCAGUGUGUGCCAUGCCGGCCUUGCGGCCCAACCCCUCUGGCCAGCAGCUGCAAUGAGCCCUGUGUCAGGCAGUGCCAGAACUCCACCAUUGCCAUUGAGCCCUCUCCCGUGGUGGUGACCCUGCCCGGACCCAUCCUCAGCUCCUUCCCGCAGAACACUGUUGUGGGCUCCUCCACCUCCGCUGCUGUUGGCCGCAUCCUCAGCUCUGAGGGCGUGCCCAUCACCUCGGGGGGCUUUGACUUGUCCGGCUUGGGCAGCCGCUCCUGUGGCAGAAGGUGCCCGCCCUGCUGAAGCCGCUGGUCCCGGAUAAAUUGUUCCAGAAAACAGGAACGUGGUUCUGGAUCAACAAGACGUCUUCAAGCCCCUGCAUUCAGAUUACCUGACCAUCCUCAGCUACUCUAUCCUCAUCCUCAGCUGGCAGGAAGAGGCAAUCCUGGGCUUUCUGACAGCCUGCCUCAUGUCUCAGCUGUCAUUCCUCAUUCCUACUUAUCUGUCUCCACAUCUUCUCUGAUUUUUUUUUUUUUUUU